UAUUUCUAUAUAUCAAGCUCCAUUAUGAACUUCUACAAGGUCUUCAUUUUCGUUGCCCUCAUCCUGGCCAUCAGCCUUGGUCAAUCCGAGGCUGGUUGGCUGAAGAAGAUUGGCAAGAGAAUUGAACGCAUUGGCCAGAACACACGAGAUGCCACCAUCCAGGGCUUGGGCAUAGCUCAACAGGCAGCAAACGUUGCGGCCACAGCCAGGGGCUAAAC